AUGAAGAGAUUUUCUAUUUUCAUAUCAUCUUCAUCGCCAUUACAGUCGUCAUUUCUCCCUUCCCGAACCAACCCCAUUGCCCGUCCACAUACCCACCCAACCAACUCUCCCCUACCGCACCAUGCCAUGUUUCUUCUUUCCGUUUCUCUCGAUUCUCUCCCAAGACUUGACGAUUUCCUUCCUUUCAAGGCUCUGCUGUUUGUCCUUUUCUUUUUAUUAGUUUAUUUGUAUCUGAAGUAUUUCCCCCCCCCCGGUAAUAUAUUUGGUGGCUUUGACGAUGGCGGUCUCCUGGCCCGGGCUGAAGCGUUGGCUGCUGUGGACAUCACCAAAACGACAUCCCCCCAAAUCAUGAAACAUGACGGCAUCUAUGGUCACUCGGACUUUACUGGACACACUCCGAAUACAUCACGAAGCCAAAUGCCUUCGGCGUUGCACAGCUUUGGCCCAACAGCGGACACAAUGCUUGACCAAUUGUCCACAAAUGCUGGGGGCAUGCCUUUUGGCAGCAUGCCUGAGCAUCACCCCAGUGCCAGCUCGCACGGUCACCACAAUCACCAAAUGUACACACCAAUGUACACAAGUCACCAGAACACGAUGAACACCCACCAUACUCUCUCUGCCCACCAUCCGGGCGUACACCAUUCAAGUAUGCGUAAUUCAGACUGUGACCCCCGCGAGCUGGAAGCGUUUGCUGAACGGUUUAAACAGCGGAGGAUCAAACUCGGCGUUACCCAGGCUGAUGUGGGUGCAGCUCUUGCAAACCUGAAACUACCGGGAGUCGGAUCGCUCAGUCAGAGUACAAUUUGUCGGUUCGAAUCUCUGACACUGAGUCACAAUAAUAUGAUUGCGCUAAAGCCUGUACUUCAGGCGUGGCUGGAAGAGGCCGAAAAACAGGCCAGGGAGAAGAAGGUCGAAGGGGAAGCCGGGGUUAUGCCCAUUCAUGGCGAGAAAAAAAGAAAGCGGACGUCGAUUGCGGCCCCGGAGAAACGUUCCCUAGAGGCCUACUUCGCCGUUCAGCCGCGCCCGUCAGGCGAAAAAAUUGCGCAGAUCGCCGAAAAUCUUUUUCAACACAGUGACCAAUUAUAUCUAUCUAUCUAUCUAUCUAUCUAUCUAUCUAUCUAUAUCCUUCCGUCCCUGCUCUCUUUUUCCUUCCUUCCUUCCCUCCUUCCUUCCUUCCUUCCUUCCUUCCUUCCUCCCCCUUCCUUCCUUCCUUCCUUCCUUCCUUCCUUCCUUCCUUCCUUCCUUCCUUCUUCCUUUCCUUCCUUCCUUCCUUCCUUCCUUCCUUCCCUUCCUUCCUUCCUUCCUUCCUUCCUUUUCAUUCUUCGUCCUCCCUCUUCUAUCCAUUCCUUCAUUCUUCGUCCCAUCCUUCCUUCAUUCAUUGCCAUCUCUACCUUCUUUUCCUUCUUUCAUUCUUUGCCCCUCCCUUCCUUCAUUGUUCAUCCCUACCUUCCGUCCUUCAUUCGUCCCUCCCUUCAUUCACCUGUAUCCGCCUCCGACCCACCCUGCUCAUCACUCCUACGAAACGGCGCACUUCUCCUUCCAGAACCUAGUCAGAGCAUCAAAACGACUACCUCUCCCUGCUCUUCUCUCUGUUCUCUCCUACCACAGUUACCACUUCUCCGUUGCAUUUAUGAUUUAGUCCCCACCCCCACUUCACCUUCCUUAAACACUAUCCUCCUCUCACUUUCUUCCCUAAACCUGUCCCUCGCUAUAUUCAUGCUUUUAAUUUUCUUUCUUUUCUUAUUUUUCUUCUUUCUUUUACUUUUUCUUUGUUCUUUUCCGCCUUUCUUUUUUACGUUUUUCUUUGUAACCUUUCUUUCUUCUCUUUUUCUUUCUUUGCUUUUCUUCUUUCUUUCUCUUUGUUCUUUGUUCUUUUUCUUUAUUUCGUUCUACCCUUUGCUUUCUUUCUUUCUUUCUUUCUUUCUUUCUUUCUUUCUUUCUUUCUUUCCUUUUUCUUUCUUUCUUCCCAUGUUUUUUUUUUCUUUCCCUUUGGUUCGUUGUCCUUUAUGUAUUUUUACCCUUUUCUUUUUUCUUUCUAUCUUUUCCUCUUUCUUUGUUUUUAUCCUUUUCUUCUUUCUUUCUUUCUUUAUUUUCUUUGUUCUUUCUUUUUCUUUCUUUCUUUCUUUCUUUCUUUCUUUCUUUCUUUCUUUCUUUCUUUUUUCUCCCUUAGCACCACCACAGCCACCAUAA